UUGCUACUACGAAGAAGCCAAGAAUGUUUCAAAGAGGAAAGAAAGGCUGUGGAGAGCCAGCAACCCCUAGACCGGAAGAGCAAACUUAAACGGCUGGAUAUCGCCGUGAACGGUGGGCUUAUAAGGAUCCGCGGCAGGAUCGACGUCGCCGAAGAACUCGACCGCGAUCUCAAUCAGCCAGUAGUAUUAGACGCGAAAGAUGACAUUACGAAGUUGAUCCUGACCCAUUACCACGAUAAGUUCAAUCCCGGUAACCACGCUACCGUGAUGAACGAAGUAAGGAGAAGGUUUUGGGUCCUGGGCCUGAGAUCAGCGGUGCGAGAGAUAGCCCAUCGAUGCCAGUGGUGUCUAGUACCUAAGGGCACUCCGAAGACCCCACCCACAGGAGAUCUACCGCGGGAACAGCUCCGAUACGGCGAGCCACCUUUCACUUCGACGCGGCGACCCCCUCGUCUCAGUACCGUCCGAGCACUCUCAGCGUUCGGACGUGUGUUCCUGCAGCGGACCGCGCUCCCUGAGCUGCGUCCGCUCCCCGUGUCAGUGGACUGUUGCCUAGCACGUCCACUCUCCGAGUCAGUGGAUUGUGCCCAGCACGUCCACUCUCCGAGUUCAGCGGAUUGUGUACGCACGUCCGCUCCCCGGGCCACGUCGCCUGCACUUGUUCCACGUGCCGUGUGGUUCGAGUGCAAAGACUACAGUGCAGUGCGAGUCCGUAGGACACAACUAGGUACUCAUCUCCCUGCCGCCUGGCAGGGAGGAUUGGUAGUAUUCCACUUUAAAAAACUCACCAUGCCCACCUUAGACCCGAUGAUCUUCACUGCCUACGUGCAGAAGAAUAACCCCGAAUUGGUACUUAGAUUCAUAUCUGAGUCCCUGCUCCCCACCCCCAACUCCCGCAUGGAGUGUUCUUCGGCCUCGGCCUCGGAGUCCGGUUCCCGGACUAGAUCCGAGAGCGAAGCCGACGACGGAUUUACAACCGUCGUCUCAAAGAAAAAGAGGAAGCGUUCCUCUAAAACGCCGUCUACCUCCGCCCCCCAAUCCCCCUCAAACGCCGCGAACGCCCCCGCCGCCGCCGCUAACUCUCGCCCCUCAGCUCCUCAAGCUCCUGCCACUCAGGCUCUCUCCAAGGCCCCUCAGGCCCCUAAAACGCCUAAGGCCCCUCGGGCCCCUCAGGCCCCUAAAACGCCUAAGGCCCCUCAGGCCCCCCAGGCACCGACGGUCAAUGCCUGGUUUAGGAAUAAACCCGCCGAAAUAACCGUCACCACGUCACCGGCCGCGCCCGUGCCUCCAACCGCGCAAGACAGCGGGGUCUCCAACCCCCUGUCUUCAAUCUCCAAAUACUUCGAGGCGUUCGAUCCGCCCGAAUUACUCAUAUUUGCGAACAAGCUCAAGGCAACCGACAAAUCCUGCCCACAUCCAACAUGUGGAGCAGGUCGUACGAGAUAG